UCGACGAGCCGAGACCUCCAUUCCAAACCAAACACGAGAGCUAUAGCGUCCGGCAAGUGAUUAGUGACUCGCUUCAUCUUCAACAACCAGCAAGCAGGCAAGGCAAGAGAGAAAGCAAGCAAGCAAAGAUGUGCGGUGGUGCGAUCCUCGCCGAGCUCAUACCGAGCACGCCGGCGCACCGCGUCACGCCGGGCCACCUCUGGCCCGCGGCCAAGCAGCAGAGGGCCGACGACUUCGAGGCCGCGUUCCGGGAGUUUGACGGGGACUCCGACGAGGAGGUGCAGAGCAAGCCGCUCGGGUUCAACGCUUCCUCCGCCGGCGCCGCGACCAGGAAGCUGAGGAGGCAGCAGGAGGAGCUGCUGGCCGCGCCGGCGCCGAGCAGGCGCCGCAAGGCGGCGCAGUACAAGGGCGUCCGGCGCCGCCCGUGGGGCAAGUGGGCCGCCGAGAUCCGCGACCCCGUCAAGGGCGUGCGCGUCUGGCUCGGCACCUUCUCCUCCGCCGAGGCCGCCGCGCUCGCCUACGACGCCGCCGCGCGCGACAUCCGCGGGCCCAGGGCCAAGCUCAACUUCCCCUCGCCCACCGACGCCGCUCCUGCCGCCGGGCGCAAGCGCGCCCGCGCCGCCGAGUUCGUCGACCUCGUCGCCGACGAAGAGGACGACCAGCAGCGCUGCGCGGCGUCCGGCGUCAAACACGAGAGCGAGACCUCCGAGUCCGGCGGCGCCCUCCCGGACUUCUCUUGGCAGGGCGUGUCGGCGUACGACGAGGCCCCCGCCCCGGUGGCCGUCGAGGCCGAGGACCAGAGCGGCGCCAGCAAGCGCCCGAGGACCGAGCCGGAGAGCACCGACGAGGCGUCGCCCCGGGCCUCCGACUCCGAGUCGGACGCGCUGUUCGACGCGUUCCUCUUCGGCGACCAGCUCGCCUACUUCAACGGCGGCGCGUACGAGUCCCUCGACAGCCUGUUCAGCGCGGACGCCGUGCAGAGCAACGCCGCCGCGGACGAGGGGAUGGGCCUGUGGAGCUUCGACGACGGCUGCCUCGUCGAGGACCACCUGUCGUUUUAAGCUUCUUCGCCUAAUCGCCUGUGGUGAACGUCUUGUAAAAUUACGGAUGGUUUUGUGAUCUUGUCUAGUUUGUAACUUUGGAUCGAGGAAGAGAUGAAAUUACUGUUCUCAACAGAUCCUGCCUCUCCCUUCAUAUGCAAGCGUUGAUAAUCA